AUGAAGUUUUCUUUCGCUGCCAUGACUGGCCUUGUUGGCGCCAUCAGUGCCUCUGCCGUCCCUUACGCCAUUCCCUCCUUAUCAGCGACUCCUUCCACGACUCCAACACCGACCCCAACCCCAACCCCAGGUGCUGGUCUUCCUGAAGCAUUCACGUUGGUUGCUGAUGGUGGUUGGACCGUAAUGACUGAUGGCCAGUAUGCCUAUUAUGGUGGCAACAGCACCGACAAGGAGAUCCUCAUCCUUCAUUCCGGUCCGAACGGCGCUGUCUCCUUCACCUCCAGGAAUGGCGUCCCCACGGCCUUCCAGAGCCUCUACGUCGUUGAGAACAAUACCCUGCCUCUGGGCCUCACCAUUCCUCACUCGGGGGCCGUCCCCACCGGCGCCAGCACUCUGAAAUUUGGCGUCAAUGAGCAGGGAUACUUCACCCAUGACGGCAAGCCCUGGUUCGCCGUCGAAAGCUACGGCACCAACACCCUCAAGACCAUCUACUGGUAUGGUCGUCACAGCUCCACCUACCGCGCUGCCAACCUGUGGGUGAAGGCCAACCUGUGGGUGAAGGAGUGCAAGGGCUGUUAA